AUGUGGAAGGGUGAGCCCUGCCUGGCUGUCCUGGGCCGCAGGGAGCAGCUGGAGGGCUGGCACCGGCGGGGGCGCUGGCGUCGGGCCGCUCCCACGUGCCUUGGCGGGCAUCCAGCUGCGGCCGGCGGCCCCGCUGCCUGCUACCGGGAGCUGAGCCAGUUCCCUGCUAUCACCCGUGCCGCCCUCGGGGCCGCGGCGGGGGGACAGACCUUCCUGCUCUACACCGGUGAGUCGCAGGAUGAGGAGGGCGAGCAGUUCUUGUACCAUGAGGACUGGGGGGAGGCACUGAGCACUCGCAGUGUGCCCAUCCUCUGCGUCCUGGACCUGGAGAGCAGCAGCCUCUCAGUGCUGGAGGGUAUCCCAGAGCACCUCUCCCCUGGCCAGGCCCUGUGGUCCCCUGGUGAUCGUGGUGUGGUGUUCGUGGGCUGGUGGCAUGAGCCCUUCCGCCUGGGUCUGAGCGCCUGCUCCAACAGGAGGUCAGAGAUUUUCCACUUGGACCUGUCAAGCGGGUGCUGUGAGCUGCUGUCAGCAGAGAAUGGUGCCGCCUGCUCCCCCCGGCUGAGCCCUGAUGGCCAGCGCCUUCUUUACCUGGAGGGGGCUGUGGGGGGGCCCCACCGGCAGUGCCUGCGCCUGUGCAUGCUCACCUGGCAGACGAGGCAGACGGUGACAGUGCUCGAUGUGGUGCAGGAACCCACGGAGGCCUUCGCCGGGCUCUACACAGAGGUGCUGCCUCCACGGUGCUGGGCAGCCGACAGCCGGCGAGCCGUGCUGAGCACCCCGCAGAGGAGCCGCACGGACCUGCUGCUUGUGGACACGGGCGGCCACUGCACCAACCUGACGGCAGGGUCGCCUGAGGGAUGCUGGGAACUGCUCACUCUCCAGUGGGACCUUCUAGUGGCCACCUGCUCUGCUCCACACCAUCCCCCCAGCCUGGUGGUGGCUGUGCUGCCGCCGGCAGGCCGGGAGCUGCCCCUCCGCUGGGUGCCAGUGGAGGACACCCCAACAGUGCCUGGUGUCACCUGGAAGACCCUGACGGUCCGGCCAUCCUGCAGUGGGCAGAGCCCUGCUGCGCAUGACACCCAAGAUUUUGAGGCCCUGCUGCUGAGCCCGUUGGAUGGCACAGCACCACACCCCCUCAUUGUGUGCCCCCAUGGUGGCCCCCAUGCCGUCUUCGAUGCCCGCUGGCGCCCAAGCAUGGCUGCACUGUGCCAGCUUGGCUUCGCUGUGCUCCUGGUGAACUACCGUGGCUCCCUGGGCUUUGGCCAGGCCAGUAUCAGCUCCCUGCUUUCCCGUGUGGGUGAGCAGGACGUGGCGGACACCCAGCUUGGCCAGUCGGGCAGCAGCGCUGCACAGUGAGCCCUGGACCCGCACCGCCUGGCCCUGCUGGCUGGCUCCCACGGAGCCUUCAUCGCCCUCCACCUCCUCAUCCGUGAGCCCGAGCGCUACCAAGCCUGUGCCCUGCGUGGCCCCGUCUCCAACCUGCCCGCGCUGCUGGGCACCUCUGACAUCCCCGACUGGCGCUACACCUCCCUGGGGCUGCCCUACUCCUUUGAGCGGGUGCCACGUGCUGAGGAGGUGGCCACCAUGCUACUGCGCUCGCCCAUCGCCCAGGCAGCCCAGGUGCGGACGCCGGUGCUGCUGUGCGUGGGCGCCCGGGACCGGCGCGUCAGCCCCACGCAGGCGCUGGAGCUGUACCGGCUGCUGCGGGCCAGGGGCGUGCCGGCGCGGUUGCUGUGGUACCCAGAGGGUGGCCACGCCCUGACCGGUGUGGAGACAGAGGCCGAUGUCUUCAAGAACUGCGCCCGCUGGCUCCUCCAGCACCUUGGGCAGCCAAGGCAGGACAGGACAGGCCAGCACAGUCCCUAGUGCCCACAGUGGUCCUGGGCUAUACUGACCCCAGGGUGACCACUGGCCCUGGGGACCACACCAGGGAUGAGAGGAUGGAGCAAGUGUAGCUGAGGGCAGGAUGGGACAUGGGUUGUAUGAUGCUAAAUAAAUGUGUGAGACCACCCUCUGCAGUGUCAA